UUAUUUCCAUCAUUUUCCAUCCUAUUAAUUUUAUUUGUAAGGUUUGAAAAGUUUUAAGUAGCACGAAUGGUUGCUCCCUAGCUAUAUAGAAUUUUUCACUAAACUUGACUUCAAGUCUUCCCUUUUCUAAACGCCCCCCCAUGUAUUCCUGUUUCAAAAAAAAAAAAUUCUACUAAUGUUUAGUAGAGGAAUUCUUUUUCAUUUUUUAAAAGCAAUAGGAGCCUGGGUGUAGAGGCAGUCAGGGGAGACUUAUAAAGUUCAAAGAUGUAGACAAGUGGCGAUGGCAAAAAGCAUUUCAAGGUGGAUGGGCACACAGGGCAAGGCAAACGGAUGCUUCGAUGAACUGGUAAUUUGUCUUAAUCUUAAUCUGGACGUAACCAAGAAGCCUCCUCUUUCUCAACAUCCACGUGCUGAAAUAGGUUUAUACACAUGGACUAAUUAAUGUCGCUACAGUGCUUAAGAGCCUGAGACGAAUCUUCUGCUUUUGAAACUUACUAGAAUCCAGUCAUUGCCGGGAACCUCAACCAAGUUGAACUUCCCUGAUACGCCGCCAGAGGUCCAAGGGAGGCCAAUGAGCUGAUUCCGGCUCAAAUUCAGGAGGCUGCCUUAAAACACUGCUCUCGAAGGGGAUGAAGAAGAUUCAGAGAGGCAGGUCAAAUGGGGAUUCAGGUGAUGGGUCCUGGUGGUGGUUACUUGGCAUGUGUACAUUUUAAGACUUUCCAUGUUUCUUCCUGCAAAAUAGAUAUAUAUUUUCAGCUAAAUCACGUAAGAAAUUUAGUGACAAUGGAAUCUUCUAAAUAGAAUAAAAGAUUAAAAGUUUG